GUCUUUUUAUCAUGUCGCUCGAGACAGGAGAAGAAGAGGAGCCAGUUUUUCAUACUAGUUAUUUUCUUUCCAACACUGUUGGAAUCAGAGAGGAACAACUGGUAAAUGGAAAUAAAACUGUUGUAACUGCAAUAACUGCUGGUACCAAAGUAAUUGCCUGCGGUACUUUGACCGGAAGCAUAUAUUUGGUUGAUUGUUCGGGUUCUGUUCUUAUCAAAAGUUUAGAAUGCAAACACUCAAAUGCCGUGAGAGACCUCUCUUUGUCAGAAGACAACUCAGUGGUAGUGUCAGUUGGGAAAGGAGACACAACUGUGUGUAUAAGCUUUGUAUUUGAGGAGAGAAAUAGUCUUCAAUAUAAUUACUCUAAAUCACGUCUUUUCACGGGAGCAGAAUUGUCAAGUGUAGCUGUGGAUCCUUUUUUUGGAAGAGUUAGUAGUCCUCAAAUGCAGCGUUUUUGUUUUGGAACGACUGAUGGCGAAUUGUUGCUGCAUACAAAAUCGUGGUUAGGAGGAGGAUCGGAUGCCGUACUGCAUCAUGGGGAAGGACCUAUUUAUUGUAUAAAGUGGCAAGGUGACCUUAUUGCUUGGGCAAAUAAUCGAGGAAUACGAAUUUUCGAUGUUCGUUUUGAAAGAGGUGUGUGCAUUGUGGAUCCUCCUACAGAUUGGAUACCGAAUGAACUCUCUUGGUUAGCUUCCAAUACUGUUUCAUCAACUUUAGGUCCAAGAGAGAACAAGGCCAAAAAAAGUUCUUCAAUAGAGCUACCUUUUGCAUCUUUAGAACCUAGACUAACUUGGCGUCAUUUGAUAUCCGAUACAUAUUAUUCUUUAUAUGUAUGUUGGUAUUCUUGUUGCAAGGUUAUUUCAGUAUCUUCGACUGCGGAAGGAAAAUCAGGUCGACGUCAAGUUAGAGUACUUGGAAAUAUUUCAAAAGAUGAACUUCAUGUACGAAACAUUGUUCAAGUUGCCCCAUUUGGAGAUAAGGCUGUUGCUAUGUUAUGUGUGGGUCAACCAUCGGAUCAAAAAGCACUGUUUUAUGCUGACAAGACAACUGUUGCUCCGAUUGCGGACACAUUUUCAAUGGAGCUUGUCAUCGUCAGCCUGUCACAAAACGAUUUGUCGAAAACUAGAACAGAAAGAAAAGUGAUAAAUAAUAUUCUCUUUUCGGAAGAACCUCUCCAGAAAAACUCUUUAUCACCAUCGAGACAAGGUUUGGUUCAUAUUCCUGGUGGUGAACCUAUACUAUUAGCGUUCAGUACUUGCUUACCAGAAUCUUUACUAUCAGGUCAUAUAGAAGAUGUUUAUGACGAGAAUAGUGAGAAUGAUGCCUCACAGGCACGGACUGGAGCUGUGUGGAAUGUCCUUAGCUUGCGUCCAUUUUCAUAUAUAGAAAGAAUAGAAUGGAUGUUGGAUAGAGAACGAUAUCGAGAAGCUGUUGAAAUUGCGGAGAUGGCACCAGCUAACCAACUUUUGGAAUGUGGUUUCAGUAUUGAGAAACUUGGAGAAAGAUUCAUCAAUCAUCUGUUGGAAAAAGGUGACUAUGAUACGUUGGCAAUUGUCCUUCCUCGCAUGAUUCAUGGGGAAGAUACCGAAUUUGAAAGCUUCACGAGCGGCAUCGAGGCACACUUAACUGCCAAAAGAAUGGAGAAAGAGUCUUCAGAAGGUUUGUAUACUUUGGAAAGUCGAAAACGUCGAUGGGAGUUUUGGAUUAAGAAACUGAUUCAAAUUGGAAAGCUGCAAUUUGUUGUAUUUGCCAUUCCCUGCCGGGAUCCAACGUUAUCAUCAGCGACAUAUGAUGAAGUUUUGCGAUAUUUACUGCAGGUGAAUCCCAUUCUAUUUACUGAAGUUAUAAACACCUGGCCAGCAGAUGUCUAUAACUUAGGACUUAUUAGUCGUGAGGUUGAACUAGCGAUUGAAAGAUUGAAGAAUACAUCGACAUUGGGUUCCAAUGAAGAAGGGGUUCUUUCUAAGUUACAAGAAGCUAUGGCGACUCUUUAUACGAGUAGUGGAAGGCAUGACAAAACAUUGGAGUUGAUAUUUGAAGAGGGAGACAUCAGAUGCUUUGACUAUAUUCGAGAACAUGCUCUAUAUGAAGCCAUUCGUAGUAGAGAGUCCCUCCGAAGACUGUUUGAAAUUUCCGAACAAAAGGCCAGUGAACUUUUAGGAAAUGCUCCAGAAUCUCUCCUGCCUCCUGAAGUUGUGGUUCCUAUCCUUCAGGAACUUGGCAAUCGAAGAUGGUUAUUUCUAUAUCUCGAUUUCAUUUUUUCAUUAGAUCCUUCAAGAGCUGUAAUAUUUCAUCCCAUGCAAGUUUCUCUUUACGCAGAAUGUGCUCCUGAGAAGCUUCUGCAAUUUUUAAAAGAAAGCAGCUCGUACUCAUUAGAUAAUGCAUUGGAAGAACUUUCACGGUUUGGUGAAAACAAGUUUGCCAAAGAAAGAGUUUAUAUAUUGAGUAGAAUGGGUGAUCUGACCACUGCUAUGGAUAUAAUUCUUUUUGAAAUGGAUCAAGUGAACGAAGCAAUUCAGUUUUGUAAGGAACAUGAAGACCCAAGUUUGUGGAAUAGACUCUUAGGAUUUGCAGAGAACGAUGGAAGAAUAUUAGUUGCUCUCCUAUACGAUCCCUCGGUAUGUUACUAUACCAAAUUUUUCUGUUGUAAAAUCUAAAAUGUAAUUUUAGUGUGGCAUAGACUCUCUACGUCUUGUAAGGAUGAUAAAGAAAGGAAUACAAGUGCCACAUCUACGCCAUGUACUAUACAGGGCAGUAAAAGAGAAAGUCUUGGAACGUCAGUUACGGGAAGAAAUCUGCGGUGCAAUCGUCUUCGACAUGCGCAUUCUAUUCGAUAAUUUCUGGGAACAAACCCGUAAAGGAAU